CCUUCCUUCAAUUUGACGUAAAAGAACUUUCACAACAAAAAGUAACGGUUAUCCUUGUUUGAAACUAACUUUUGUCCAUUUACAACAAAAAUGCUCCCGGAAGACACCUCUAUUGACAAUUUUCAAAGAAACACCUCCUCAACUUCUUCCGGUUCCUCAACAAGGAGUUCCAGCUUACAGAAAUGCAGAAGAAAACUACAAACCACCUUCGAUGAGGGGAACAAAGGCGACAAGGAAGAAAAAACCCAACAAAACGGGGAUAGAACCAUCUUGUCAAUGAUAUCCUUCAGUGAUAACACUAGAAAGGUACUACGAAGCAGUGCUGAGAGAAUAACGAAAACUUUCAACACCGUUAGGACUUCUAUAGGGACCAUUACACAAAGAUUCAAAAUGCCAACAAAGCGCAGACAGAUUUUGCAAGAAGGACCCAUGACUCCAAACAUGGCUACACCAUAUACAUUUUCAAAGCAAAUUUUGGGUAGGACCCCAACAAAGUUAUACAGCCCAUUUGGCAUUGAAAGUCCAUAUAAAAGCACAACUUGUAGUGGUAAGGAAAAUAUUGUACCCAAUAAUGUCAAGAAUAUUUGAAUUUUGUCCAAAUAUGUUUGGUACAUGAGCGCCCAUUGGGGGGGGGGGGCAAGGGGAUUCUACUUCAAAGAGUGAAAUAUUCUUAAAUUCUUAAUAAAAUACCCAAUCAUUGGGUAAGAAGUGGACCAUCGCAACAUAGAAGAUAUUAUGCUAUAUGGGCGGUCAUGGUUUAGUAUUCAGUUUUUUUGCCCAGUAUUAUGCUUAUGCUAUUUAGAAUUAUUGGUUUUUUUAUUCUCCAAAUAUAGAGAAAUUAAGGAACACAAGGCAGCACAACUGUCAUUUUAGUGAAACUUGUCUUGCAGUAUUUUUAUCAUACAUCUAAAUUGUAAACUGACUAAUCAAAAGUGAAAGUUGAUCAAAAUUGGGUUGUCUCUGAAGCUUUUAACAAAAAAUCUUCAAAUAUUGAUAUCAUAUCCUAGUGAAAAACCUGUAUAAUCAUGCUCUAACCUUUUUUUUUUUUUGGAGGUAUGAAAUGUAUAUUCGAUUUUGUCCUAUUUUAAAACAAUUAUUUCUUAUCUGCAGCCAUUGAUUACAUAUCCUAUGUAAAGUUAACCAACCAGAUACAGUAUUUUGACAUCCAAAAAAUUAUCCUAGAUAAAAUAUCAUGCCAUCACCCUGACCCAAGAUGCCAUACAUGGCUAUACCAUACACAUUUUCAAAGCAAAUUUUGGGUAGGACCCCAACAAAGUUAUACAGCCCAUUUUAUAUUGUGCCCAAUAGUGUCAAGAAUAUUUGAAUUUUGUUCAAAUAUGUUUAGUAUUAAUUUUUUUUCACAGUAUUAUGCUUAUUAUAAUUUAUAAGGUAUUGUUCACUGUGAAAACCUGAUAUUUAGAAUUAUUUUUUUCUGUGGUCAAAUUAAGGAACCCAAGGCACAACUGCAGUCAUUUUUCUUUAACCCUAGAACGCUAAGCAUAUUUCUCACACUACUUAAGACUAAGCAUUCCUGAAUUUUACGAUUCCUUAUUUAUUUUUUUCGUACUUAAAACAAACUUCAGCAAAGAAACGUAUUAUUUAUUGAACACAAAAUAUUAUAUAUUUUGUGCACAUGUUUUACAAAAAUUGCCGCGAUGUUCAUUACAAAAUGGUUUUUUACAUUUCGAGCAAUAGUGUGUUGUCAUUCAUCUUUUUUUUGAUGGGCAACUGGCACAAGUGGUUCUUUUGGAGGCAUCAUGCUUUGGUUCCACUUCUGGAAUAAUCUGUUGAUUUUCAGUAGACGUAUCUUCCAAAACCUUAUUAAUCGUUUCGCGGAGUGAGCGCUGCAAAGUGGGUAUCUUGAGACGUUCUUUCACCCAAGGUGUCACUAAAGUCUUAUACAACUCUAUGUAUGAUUUUCUGGACAUUGAUUUUUGACGUCGUUUUGCUUUAUGGGCAUUGGAUAAAAUGUAGCUGUUUACACAAGCAAUAUUUAGCAUUCCAUAGAAAAGGCCAUCUUCUAGUUUUUCUAGAGGUACUCAUAUUUGAACACAUUUGGUCCAGUGUAUCGACUGAUCCUUUUUUCUGGUUGUAAGUUUCAAUAAUUUCUGGUUUACCUGAAGUGUUUGAGAUACUACAUCCUUGAUGCAUAGUAGACAGAAGUAGAACGUUUUUAUUUUUUUUAGGUGUAUAUGAUACAAGCACUUUUUCCUUGUCAAAACAGAAUUUUGAGCUACCUGGAUCACGAUUCUUGGUUACUAGCAUAUCUGUUGGAAUCUCCCGUUUAUUUUUCCUAAUGGUACCAACCACAGUGAGAUUAUAUGGAGGAGCAAGUAGCAUCAGCCAAUUUUACGGAGGUGAACCAAUUGUCCAUUGUAAUGUUCCGUUUGGUUCCUAAAAUUGUUUCACACAAUGUUUUCACAUAAUACUCUCCCAAAGGCAAACCAUUCGUGUUUGUGCUUUUUCCCAAAUAUGGCAUGGCGUCAAACAUAUAUUUUGUUGAAACAUCGCAAAUCAAGACUAUUUUUAUGCCAUAUUUGGCCGGUUUAUUAGGGAUGUACAUCCGAAAAGGACAUCUUCCUCGAAAGCCCAGCAGUUGCUCGUCAAUAGUAACAUAAGAACUUGGUCUAUAUAAGUUUUUGCACUGACUUAUGAACUCAUCCCAAAUUUCUCUAAUAGGCGCCAAUUCAUCCGGUUUUUUUUUCUCUCAUCCUUUGUGUUUUUAUCAUCAAAACGCAAACAAUCAAGUAAAAACUUAAAUCUCUCACGACUCAUGACUGCCUUGAAAACAGCUCCACAAAUUUUGUCAUCAAAUAACUCUUUAGAUGACAAAUGGUUACUUUUCAAGUAAGCAGACAAAAUCAAUAAUCCUAGCAACGCUUUUAUCUCAUUAGUAUUAGUAUUAUUAAAAGAUUUACGUUUCGGAAAUUGUUUCAAUUGAAAUUUAAAAAAGUGGCUACAUUCUAUAUCUAGGAAAUUCAUAAACUCAUAAAUACGAACAUCAACUAAAUACAUAAUCUACUGUAGCUAAUUUUUGUCCUUUUUUGUCAUUUGCAUUCUACAGUUUCAACUUAAAUUAUUGGUCCAUGUACAGGCGAUGCCUUCUAUUGGGCCUGUUUUGAUUUUAUAUUUAUUUACUCAUAUUGUUUGUUAUCUUUGUACAUUGAGUGAAUAAAUAUUAUUAUUAUUAUUAUUAUUAUUAUUGGAUACUGUAGCAGAUUUUAUUUUAUAUUGAGUAGAUUUUUUUCUAAUCAUAGCGUUUGUCUGUACUACAAUUUUGUCAAUCAUAGAAUCGGUUAUAAAUUGUCUGAAAAAUUCAUUUGCAAGUGGAUCAUUUCCAAAAUGUUUUAUUGGACCUGGUAAAAUGUGAAGGAUGUUUCGUUGGGGAGUUCUUGAUGCCAAUUUGGGAACUGCGCUCCAUCGAUGACCAUUUUUUCCUUGAAGGCGUACUUGUGACGGUUUUGUCUCAUCUACUCUCACUGUUCUGUUUUCUAAACGCGUUUCUGUAUUGAUUUUCAUUUUCUUGUUGUUCUGAUUGUUCUGGUUCGAUAUUUUUAGAUUGUCCAGGCUCUGAAUCAUCUAUCGAUAUUUGAUUACCUGUAUUUCUUUCGUUUCGAUUUUUAGGUAAAAGUCUUAUUUUCUUUGGCCUGGGAGUGUCUGUCUCUUCACCAUCAUCGUCUGAAGGUACAUACUCACUUCCACUAUCCUCAAAUUCUAGGACAUCCUCAGUUUCACUUGCGUUCUCCUGGGUACUAUCUUCAUCCAAUUCCAUAAUGAAGUUUUCUGCAAUCUCUGCUAGUUCGGCGUCCGUUAGAGGUCUGUUAUUUUCCAGUUGCUUAGACAUCUUAGUAAGAGAUAACUUGUACGUGCCAAAUAUUACAUCCGCAAGAAAAAACCUAAAAAAAUAAUUAUAUCUUAGUGUCGUGCAAUUUUCACAAAAGUUACGUUAAGACUUCGUUGAAUUUACGACGCUCGUCUUAUAGCUGCCAAGAUGUUACACUUGAAAAUCAACCAAUACGCUCGGGAUAAUCACCACCACUGCCGACGCGAAUACUAAGACGGAGAGCUCGGCAUCUGUCGAGUCCGCACGAUGAGGGCCGAAAGUAAAAAUCGCCGUCGUAAAAUUUACGAGGCUUAGCGUUCAAGAGUUAAUGAAACUUUUCUUGCAGUAUUCUUAUCAUACAUCUCAAUAUUGUAAACUGGCUAAUCGUCAAACAUGCAAGUUGAUCAAAAUUGGGUUGCCAGAAGAAUUUAACAAAAAACUCUUCAAAUAUUGACAUUCUAUCCUAGUGAAAAACCUGUAUAAUCAUGCUCUUCUUUUUUUUGGGGGGAAUAAAUUGUAUAUUCAACUUUGGCCUAUUUUGAAACAAUUAUUUCUUUUUCAUGUACAGCCAUUGAUUAACAUAUUCUAUAUAAAAUUAACCAAUCGAAUACUGUAUUUAUCCAAAAACUUCACAGAUGAAAUGAGAUAUGAUGCCAUCAUCUAUAAGAAUUUGUCACAGCUUGUUUCUAAUCUCCACACUAAUAAGAAAUCUACAUUGAAAAUGCUAAUGACUCAUGGUGCUGUAGCUAACUAUAUGAUCAUGACAAAUCCUCAUAGAUGAUGUCAUGGCGUCUCAUUUCAUCUUGGAUAAUUUUUUGGAUGCCUGAAUACACAUGGUUCAGGUUCAGGCAGAUUACAUCAAUCAAUGAUGACAUCCAAGACCCAAGUUUGGCUUCUAUUUUUUAAUACAUAUCUCAUGCAGGUUUGUAGCUCAAUUUACUGUCUGUUUUUAUUUUGUAUCUUGGAAAAUAAAGAAUUAGGCAGAUAUUUAUAAUCAAUUCUGUUCAUGUUCAUUGUGAGAUUAGAAAAAAGCAAUAUUAUUUAUUUAUAAGAAAAUAAUAUGGACUGUUCAUGAUUUUUUUUGUAUAACUUCCCAAGUGAAAACGAAUGUGUAACUCAAUGUAACUGAACAGUGAGAAAGACGAAUCUGUACAGAUACCAUUCCAUAAAAGACAUUUUUGUACUUAAACAAUGUUUAUACAUUUUUUACUUUUAUACACAAUUAUUGUUCUAAUAAAUUAUUUCCUUAUAAAA